CUCUCACCUUUCACAGCUCUCAGAAGCCUCGGUACGAGCCACGAGCACGACAGCCAGUGCGCUCAAUUGGCUUGUCAUAGCCGCUCACACCGUGCAGUUUUUGGACACUUUUUUCUUCUUUUUUCCGGAGCAUUUACCCUCCCCAUUGCCUCACCUUUGACAAACCUCACGGAUAUCCACGCUUGUUGGAGAGGAGAGUUCGUACGCGCACCGGAGGACGUGUGUAAAGGGAUGUAAAAAAAAAAGGGACACUGUGCCGUUGGAUACGACAGAAAAAAAGCCGGUGAAUUCUGUGGAGGCACCGUACGUAAGCUGGAGGCGAUUUGACGAGGAUUUGUACGAACUGUUUGGGAAAAAAAUCUCUUCUAAUAACCACUAAAGGGACGUUUAUAAGAGAAAUUGCCACUUUGUGAAUGAAAGAACGCGAGCUUUAACCGCAUUCGCUGCUGGAGGUUGAUUUUCCCAAAGCAAGGCCCGAACAUGCUCGCAUUUCUCGGGAUGUAACAUGGUGGAUUUCUGAGCACUCCGAACUGCACAGCCCUUUCUUCGCGCAGAUUUGAGGCAGCAUCUGGCAUUGGUUUUGGCGGUCUGGUGGGAUAAGUGAGCAUUGCCAGAGGAAGGAGGGAAUCGUUGGAAUCACAGGCGUUUGCCAAACAAAAGGACUCGCGGACUGAACUCUACUGGGACGUCGGGCAGCGGGCGGUAAGAGGAGGAGGCCAUGUGGACCGCACGGCUGCUAGUCUUCGCCAGCCUCUUCGCUCCGGCCGCUCUGGCCUUCAUUCGAGCCCCCAUCCCCAUGGCGGUGGUGAGGAGGGAGUUGUCCUGUGAAUCGUACCCCAUCGAGCUGCGGUGCCCGGGCACUGACGUCAUCAUGAUCGAGAGCGCCAACUACGGGCGAACUGACGACAAGAUCUGCGACGCCGAUCCAGCGCAGAUGGAGAACACGCGCUGCUACCUCCCGGACGCUUACAAGAUCAUGUCACAAAGAUGUAACAACCGGACGCAGUGUGCAGUGGUGGCUGGCCCGGAUGUGUUUCCAGACCCUUGUCCUGGAACCUACAAAUACCUUGAAGUCCAAUAUGAAUGUGUCCCAUACAAAGUGGAACAAAAAGUUUUCCUGUGCCCAGGGCUCCUCCGAAGGGUCUACCAGAGCGAGCACCUCUUCGAAUCGGACCACCAGUCUGGAGCCUGGUGCAAAGACCCUCUCCAAGCAUCUGACAAGAUCUACUACAUGCCCUGGACACCCUACCGUACCGACACACUAACCGAAUACUCCUCCAAGGAAGAUUUCAUCGCCGGACGACCGACUACAACCUACAAACUCCCCCAUCGCGUGGAUGGAACGGGAUUUGUGGUCUACGAUGGUGCGCUUUUCUUCAACAAGGAGCGCACUCGCAAUAUUGUCAAGUUCGACCUACGGACUCGCAUUAAAAGUGGGGAGGCUAUAAUCGCGAACGCCAACUAUCACGACACCUCUCCGUAUCGCUGGGGCGGAAAAUCGGAUAUUGACUUAGCUGUAGACGAGAAUGGACUUUGGGUGAUUUACGCGACUGAACAGAACAAUGGACGUAUAGUGAUCAGCCAGUUAAACCCUUACACAUUACGAGUUGAAGGCACAUGGGACACUGCCUACGAUAAGCGUUCAGCCUCCAACGCAUUUAUGAUCUGUGGGAUUCUCUAUGUGGUGAAAUCCGUAUAUGAGGAUGAUGACAAUGAAGCAACAGGGAAUAAGAUUGACUAUAUCUACAACACUGAGCUGAGUAAAGAUGGCUAUCUGGAUAUUCCGUUCCCCAAUUCCUACCAGUACAUUGCCGCAGUGGAUUACAAUCCCAGGGACAAUCUGCUUUACGUGUGGAACAACUACCAUGUGGUGAAGUACUCGCUAGACUUUGGAGCACUGGACAACAGACUAGAGACCUCCUCCUCUAUUAUGGUUUACAUGGACACCACCACCACCACCAGCCGCACCACCGUCCGCCCCAACACCGUUACCAUGACUACAACCACGACCAGAACAAGCACCGCCAAGACCCCCACCACCACCACCACCCCGGUACCCUAUUGGGCCCGAACCACAUCUACCCCAGUGGCUCCAGUGCAGACGGUGGUGGAGGGUCUGGAUACGGAGGAAGAUGAGAGGCUCCCGGCUUCGUCCAACCUGCCCAACAUGAGAGCGGAGUCCUGCAGCCCCAUGGUCAUGAUGGACGUCUCCUGGCCCAAGACCAAACAGGGGCUGGUGGCAAAGAUGCCCUGCCCUCCUGGGACUAUAGGUGUGGCGUCUUAUUUAUGCCAAGGUCCAGAAGGAUACUGGGACCCACAAGGACCGGACCUGAGCAACUGCACCUCCCCCUGGGUCAACCAAAUCAACCAAAAGAUAAAAGCCGGAGAGACCGCAGCCGUCAUUGCCCGAGAGUUGGCGGAGCAAACCAAAUCCAAUCUUCAGGCUGGAGACAUCACCUACACAGUGAAAGCCAUGGUUCAGCUGGUGGAUCUACUCGAUGUUCAGCUCAGAAACCUCACUCCAGGAGGCAAAGACAGCGCUGCCCGCAGUCUCAACAAGGCGAUGGUGGAGACGGUGAACAAUCUGCUGCAGCCCCCGGCCCAGGCAGCGUGGAGAGAGCUGAGCACCGGAGACCAGCUGAAAGCAGCCACCACACUGCUGGACACGGUGGAGCAGGGAGCGUUUGUUUUGGCCGACAACCUGCUCAAGACUGAUAUAGUGCAAGAGACAACCGACAAUAUCAAGCUUGAAGUUGCGAGGAUGAGCACAGAUGGGAAUUUGCCUGAUCUGAAGUUUCCACAGACUGGAGGACAAGGCAACUCCAUCCACCUCUCAGCCAACACACUCAAGCAACAUGGAAGAAAUGGUGAGAUCCGCAUCGCCUUUGUCUUGUACAAACACAUAGGAGGCUACUUGUCAACGGAGAACGCUAGCAUGAAGCUGGGCAACGACGCAAUGGCUACCAACUACUCAGUCAUCGUCAACUCUCCAGUCAUCACAGCAGCCAUCAACAAGGACUCCAACAAAGUGUACCUCUCCGAUCCAGUUAUUUUCACCAUCAGACAUCUACAGCAAUCAGAGGAGAACUUCAACCCCAACUGUUCUUUCUGGAGUUACUCUAAGAAAACUAUGACUGGAUACUGGUCUACGCAGGACUGCAGAUUACUGGGGACCAAUCGGACACACACCACCUGCUCGUGCACACAUCUCACCAACUUCGCUGUUCUGAUGGCUCAUGUUGACGUGAAGAACACAGACCCGGUUCACGACAUGCUCCUUGACGUCAUCACUUGGGUGGGCAUCCUGCUGUCUCUGGUGUGUCUGCUCAUCAGCCUCUUCACCUUCUGCUUCUUCCGCGGCCUGCAGAGCGACCGUAACACCAUCCACAAGAACCUGUGCAUCUGCCUCUUCAUCGCAGAGUCCCUCUUCCUGGUGGGGAUCAAUCGGGGCGACCAGCCGAUCGCGUGCGCCGUCUUCGCUGCCCUACUUCACUUCUUCUUCCUGGCUGCGUUCACGUGGAUGUUCCUGGAGGGCGUGCAGCUCUACAUUAUGUUGGUGGAGGUGUUUGAGAGUGAACACUCCAGACGCAGAUACUUCUACAUCGUGGGCUAUGGGGUCCCUGCUCUCAUCGUGGCCGUGUCUGCAGCUGUCGACUACAGGAGCUACGGCACAGAGCGAGUUUGCUGGCUGCGGUUGGACACCUACUUCAUCUGGAGUUUCAUCGGACCGGCAACCUUGAUUAUUAUGCUCAACGUGAUCUUCCUGGGCAUCGCUCUCUACAAAAUGUUCCAUCACACGGCCAUCUUGAAACCAGACUCCGGCUGCCUGGACAACAUCAAGUCUUGGGUGAUAGGAGCCAUUGCGUUGCUGUGUCUUCUUGGUCUUACCUGGGCUUUCGGUCUAAUGUACGUCAAUGAAAGCACCGUUGCCAUGGCGUACCUAUUCACCAUCUUCAACUCACUUCAAGGAAUGUUCAUCUUUAUAUUCCACUGUGUACUGCAAAAGAAGGUGCGUAAGGAGUAUGGGAAAUGUCUGCGCACUCACUGCUGCAGUGGGAAGAGCGUGGAGAGCUCCAUUGGUUCAGUGAAGGGCCAGGCCUCUCGCGCACCAGGACGCUACUCCUCCGGCUCACAGAGCCGUAUCCGCAGAAUGUGGAAUGACACGGUGCGAAAGCAGUCGGAGUCUUCCUUUAUGACUGGAGACAUCAACAGCUCGGCUUCACUCAACAGAGAGGGAAUACUGAACAAUGCCCGGGAUACAAGUGUCAUGGAUACUCUACCGCUGAAUGGUAACCAUGGCAGUUACAGCAUCGCCAGCGCCGACUACAUGAGCGACUGCGUCCAGAUCAUUGACAGGGGAUACAACCACAAGGAGACCACCCUAGAAAAGAAGAUCCUCAAAGAACUCACCUCCAACUAUCUGCCCACAUACCUCAAUAACUCCCAUGACCGCUCGGCUGAACAGAACCGCAACCUUAUGAACAAGCUGGUCAACAACGUCAGUAAUGGUGGGAAGGACAACGGGUAUGGGAUGGGUCUGGGAAUGGGAAUGGGCAUGGGGAUGGGCAUGGGCAUGAACGUGGCUUUGAGUUUGGAUGACCACUCCACUUUUCCUCACCAUGAUGAAGGCUUGGGCUUGGAGUUGAUCCGCGAGGAAUCGAAUGCACCACUUUUGCCUCAGAGGCCUCCGCCGACCUUAGUGGUGGACAACCUCCACAAUCACCUGCACCAGCCUGUGCCCCCUGCCCUCCCUCUGCCCUUCUCCUCCGCCUCAGCCUCCUCAUCAUCCAGGAGGAGGAUUCCUCAAGAGAACAGUGAAAGCUUCUUUCCUCUGCUCACCAACGAGCAGACUGAAGACGAGAGCUCCCCUCCACACAGCCACCAGAGAGACUCCCUGUACACCAGCAUGCCCAUGCUGCCCGGCCUCCCCGACGUGUCCCAGGACUCCGCCCACUGUAAAGAUUCUGCAGACACCAAGAGCCAAGAGGCCAGCUCUGACGACGUUUACUAUAAGAGCAUGCCCAACCUGGGCUCACGCAACCACCUGCACCAACUGCACUCCUAUUACCAGCUAGGCCGGGGCAGCAGCGACGGCUUCAUCGUGCCCCCCAACAAGGAGGAUGCCCCAGAGGAAGGGCAUCCAGACGCAUCACAACUGGUCACCAGCCUAUAGGCCAGACGCUCACCGACAGCUCGUCACGUAGUCCUGUUUCCCUGUUUCCUUUGUCCUCUCAGUCGUUGACAGUGGUAGCCUUCGUUUUUACUAUGUGUCCUAAAAACUAAGGCAGAUGACUGCAGUCUGUUAGUGACCACAGAAGGGACUGUGCUCCAUGUGUGGACCUGUGUCUGCUUCCAGUGUAGGACUCUUGUGUAGUGAAGGACUGGUGAGUUUAAACUCACUGUGCAGAGAGACGAUAGCCACACUGGAUGUCUGGGGCCCUGAACACUCUAUCAGACUUACCAGAACAAAUGGGAUAUCAAAGGACUAUUUUAUUAUACUUCUGUUUUGACUUUUUCAGAGAUUUUCUUCCUCUUUGGUGAGUUGCAGCAGAUUUUAUUUGCUGAAGUGUUCCUUCAAAUGAAAAAAGACAAAAAAAAGAGAUGGUGCAUUUUGAACUCUGAAGGAAAUCCUGAUGCUUUUAAGCAUAACCGUUCCCUUUUCUUUGAUUUUACUGUAAUAACAGUUGUUAAGAGGGAGAAAAAACUAAUAAGAGAAUUAUGAGAUAUUUCUAUGUAAUUGUACAGAUAACUAGCAUUGCACAUAACAAUAUGCUUUUUUGUUUGGAGCAAACCCUUUGUCUUUGUAAAUGUAGUGCUUUGGAGCAGUUCUGUUGUGCUGGACUUUGGGUUCCUGGUACCAGUUGUUUUUGUUACUUCUUUUAUCACUUUUUAAGAGUCUUAAAUAGGCCAACACAGAAAUACCACAGCAGAACGCAAUGACCAGUGAAGGCAUUUCUGUGUAUUUCUCGUCUGUUUCUGUUCCCAUUCACUUUGACUUUUUGCUUUGGACUGUGUAGAUAGCAGAUCCAGUGGUUACUGAGGAGAUGAGUUUAGUUUGAGCUAAUCACAAAUGGUUCACUGCAUCUUUACUGAAAUUCCAAAAACGCUUGUGCUUCUCGCGAUGAGAACAAAAUGAACUUUGGUGAGCACCAGGCACUUGUAUAA